AUGCAGCCAUUCCUCUCCGGAGAAACAACCCUCGCCCUCCUCCUGACCGUCUUGACACUCCUCUUCUUUGCCGCAGCGGGAGAUGAACAUCCCUAUGAGCCAUACCACCACAGCCUGCCCGUUGAAGCCGGCCGUUCCAGCGUCGUGGACCUUUCAAGUGAGCAACCGCAGCAGAUCAAGGGGCAGGAGUUGAUUAUUGUCCGGUUGAAUGGUCUGCAAACCCACGGUAGUAGUGGUGGGGAGGACCACCAAAGGGUACCAGCAAAAGAAGAAGAACACCACCAUCACAGAAGGUCAUCAGGGAUGUUGGUACAUGGGCCACGGGGUGCUAUUUCGUUCCAAGUAUUAUUCAAGUCAGGAGGAGGAGCAGAUAUGAGCACAUGGUUGCUUGAGGCUUUGUUCUUGUUAUUGUUGGGAUUGGGGUUACCUAUGGUGGCAACGACGACGACGACGAAAAAAAAGACGACGACAUCAUCGCUGCUGCUGCGCUGUCCGACGACGACGACGACGACAAGGAGUAAAAGGAGGAAGAGUGUGAGGUUUGUUGAUGUUGGUGGUGGUGGUGCUGGUGGUCAUGAUGGUGGUGGUCAUGAUGAACAGCGACUUGGACAAAGGCAACGAGAAAGCCGUGGUGGUGGUGAGGAGAAAUCUGAUGAACUCCAGCAGCAGCAGCAGCAGCAGCAGCAGCAGCAGCUUCAGGAUUUUGGUUUGGGAUUGGGUUUGACAAGAAGCGUAGUCGAGGCUGUUUGUUAGUCAGUGAGUGAGUGAGUGAGUGAGUGAGUGAGUGAGUGAGUGGGUGAGUGAGUGAGGGAUCUCAAGAUAUAAAGAGUUUAACUGUGAUUUAUAUAUGUUCAAGGAAGCGUAGACUAAACUAGACGAAGGAUAAUAGUACGGCAAGACAG